AUGGAACAAAAGAGCAUUUUGUUAUCGGCGCUGAGUGUUGGGGUGGGAGUGGGAGUGGGGAUUGGCUUGGCUUCUACACAAAACGUUAACAAAUGUGGAGUUAACAAUAAUUCAUCAUCAAACGCUAUUUCUCCAGAGAAGAUGGAGCACGAAAUGCUACGACUAGUUGUCGAUGGCAGAGAAAGCAAUGUCACUUUUGAUCAAUUCCCUUAUUAUCUUAGCGAGCAGACACGGGAGUUGUUGACAAGUGCUGCCUACGUGCAUUUAAAGCAUGCAGAGAUUUCAAGAUAUACACGGAAUCUUGCUCCUGCAAGCCGAACUAUUCUACUCUCGGGACCUGCAGAACUUUACCAGCAAGUGCUUGCCAAGGCUUUAGCUCACUACUUUGAGGCGAAGUUACUUCUGUUAGAUUUAACUGACUUUUCGUUGAAGAUUCAAAGUAAAUAUGGUUCUCCGAACAAAGAAUCUUCUUUCAAAAGGUCUACUUCAGAGUUAACUUUGAAUCGGAUAACUGACAUGUUUGGGUCAUUUUCGAUCUUUCCACAGAGAGAAAGGCCCAAAGGGAAAAUUCGCAGGCAAAGCUAUGGAGAGGACCUCCAAUUAAUGGAGGCUGAAGGAUCUUGCAAUCCUCCAAAGUUUCGGAGGAAUGCAUCUGCCUCUGCAAAUAUCAGUAGUCUUGCUUUGCAAAGCAAUCCUGCAAAUUUAGCUUCUCAUAAACAUGCAACCAGUUGGCCUUUUGACGAAAAGCUUCUGAUACAGACUCUUUACAAGGUUCUAGUUUUUGUGUCAAAAACUUAUCCCAUUGUGCUAUAUCUGCGAGAUGUUGACAAAUUGUUGCAUAGAUCACAAAGAAUAUAUAAACUAUUUCAGAAUAUGUUGAAUAAAUUAUCUGGACCAAUUUUAAUUCUUGGUUCACGAGUUUUGGAUACCGAUAGUGACUACAAAGAUGUUGAUGAGAGACUUAUUUCCUUCUUCCCCUACAAAAUAGAAAUCAGGCCCCCAGAAGACGAAUCUCAACUUAUCAGUUGGAAGUCUCAAUUUGAAGCGGAGAUGAAGAUGAUACAGAUUCAGGAUAAUAGGAACCAUAUCAUGGAAGUGCUUGCAGCCAAUGAUCUUGAUUGUGAUGAAUUAGAUUCCAUUUGUGUAGCAGAUACAAUGGUUCUCAGUAACUAUAUAGAAGAGAUUAUCGUGUCAGCGAUUUCUUAUCAUUUAAUGAAUAACAAAGAUCCUGAAUACAGAAAUGGGAAGCUAGUUAUUCCAUGCAAUGGUUUGUCCCAUGCAUUGGGUAUAUUUCAGGAGGGGAAAUUCAAUGGAAGAGAUACAUUAAAAUUAGAAGCUCAAGCAAUAACAUCUGAGAGAGAAGAAGGAGCUGUUGUGAACCCAGAAGGAAAGUCAGACAAUUUUGCUCCUGAUAAAAAGGCUGAAGCAGAUUCAUCAACUUCAGUGGGAAAAUCUGACGGUGAAAAUUCAGUUCCUGCAUCCAAAGUUGAAGUUCCCCCUGAUAAUGAGUUUGAGAAGCGUAUAAGGCCUGAGGUAAUACCAGCAAACGAGCUAAGUGUAACGUUCUCCGAUAUUGGUGCCUUAGAUGAGACCAAAGAAUCACUUCAAGAACUUGUAAUGCUUCCUCUUCGAAGGCCAGACCUUUUUAUUGGAGGCCUUCUAAAGCCUUGUAGAGGAAUAUUGCUAUUUGGGCCUCCUGGCACUGGGAAGACAAUGCUGGCAAAGGCCAUUGCAAAAGAGGCUGGAGCAAGUUUCAUCAAUGUAUCCAUGUCUACCAUUACUUCUAAAUGGUUUGGUGAAGAUGAAAAGAAUAUUCGUGCUUUAUUCACACUGGCAGCUAAGGUAUCCCCAACUAUUAUAUUUGUUGAUGAGGUUGAUAGUAUGUUGGGACAACGAACUAGAGUUGGGGAGCAUGAAGCCAUGAGAAAAAUGAAGAAUGAAUUUAUGACCCAUUGGGAUGGCCUAGUGACAAAUCCAGAGGAGAGAAUACUUGUUCUUGCUGCAACCAAUAGGCCAUUUGACCUGGAUGAGGCUAUUAUUAGGAGAUUUGAAAGGAGAUUUAUGGUAGGGUUGCCAUCUGCGCAAAAUAGGGAAAAGAUUUUGAUGACUCUUUUGGCGAAAGAGAAGGUGGAUGAGAAACUUGAUUUUAAGGAACUCGCAAUAAUGACAGACGGAUAUAGUGGAAGUGAUCUCAAGAACUUGUGCACAACUGCUGCUUACAGGCCGGUUAGAGAGUUAAUUAAGCAAGAGAGAGUAAAGAAUCUGGAGAAAAAGCGAAAAAACAUUGAAGGACAGAGAAAUACCCAAGCUGCUGUGGAUGCAGAAGAAGUUCAACAAGAAAGAGUUAUUACCCUUAGACCUUUGAACAUGCGGGACUUCAAAGAAGCAAAGAAACUGGUUGCCACAAGCUACGCAGCUGAAGGGUAUGGAAUGAGUGAGCUGAAGCAAUGGAAUGAUUUGUACGGCGAAGGCGGUUCAAGAAAGCAAGAACAAUUACCUCACUUCUUGUGA